AUGCAACAUCUCUUUGGGUCUUUUCUGUUGGAGAGGCACAACGCCAGGGGUGGUGGUGUCAAGCACAAAAGGGUGAUGCGUCGAGGGGGGGAGGGCGCCAGCGGGAUGGAGUCACGGCAGGGACCAGAGUGUGACGAGUGUGGUGGCAUCUGUGACGAAGCAGACAUGCUUCAGGAGGUGGACUACGUUCCGGCGACAUAUCUGCAUGGGAAGUACGUGCUGUUAUAUCUGGCUGACCCUACAGGCAACGGCAUUGCUGUCUAUAAGCAGACAGAAGAUUCCGCAGCGAGUUCACAGACACUAUGCACAGGAAACCGUUCUCUUUCCACAUGCGCCUCUCCAAAUAUGCCUCCGGUGGACGUCUCUGCGGCAGGGUCGACACUUGCGGCAGGAGCACCUGCGUCUGUCCAAAACACGCACCUAAGCCCUACUGCAUUCACUUCUGCAGGCGCCACAUCCCAGCGCACCAGAACCAAACUGUCGAUUUUUUACGAACUUCUGAUCUGUCAAUUAACGGCGACUUUAUCACAAGAGAGGAAGCCUGUAGUUCCCAUUGUUGUUUUGGAAGUACGUCAGCCCGGUGACCCGGAAGAGGAUCCACUGACAAGCGAUGCUUCAACAGAGCAACAAACCAUGGCAGUAACCACGACCACCACCGAUGCUGUGGGCGAUGCUUUUCCUCCUUCUAUGGAUUACCUAACUAGAGAGAGUGAUACGGUAAUACCGUUCCUGGGCGUUUCUACACCCAAUCUCGAUGCCUUACUCAAUAGAACAUGCAAUAGAAGCCCGUUCUUUGGUGGGUGGUUUUCUUUGGAGAGUUCAAGUGCAUACCGGCAAGUCAUUCAAAACUUUGACGUUAGUUCUUGGCCAUCCGUGUUGCUUUUUGACCCUGCUGGACGACUGUUGACCACCCACGCACUUAGCCACAUUGAGCGGGAGAUGAAGUCCGAUGUGAUGCAAAACUAUCAUUUACGUCCGCUGAUGAAUUGUGAAGCGAAGCAACAGUGUCGUGACGCCAGUUUCCACUCGGAUUUUCCGUGGUGUCUGGACGAGACGCAAAGCGAUAGCGGCACAAAACCGGAAUGCUUUGCGGACAUGCUUUCGGUUUCAUCCUUCCUGAGGCGCCUCAUUCUUCAUGCUCGCCGCAUUGGGAGCAUCCUUGAAGAUGACUUUCUGUUUGAACCCGAAUACAUGCCUGAAGGCGAGGAAUGCGGGACGUGCGAUGCUUGCUUAGAUGGGGCAACCCAUGUGGCCCUUUAUUUUGGUGCUGACUGGCACCCGUCGUCGAGACAGAUGUUACCGCGACUACACCACUUCUGGCUUGCCACUAAUCGCGGCAAUGAGGAUGACGGUAAUGACGGGGAACGAAACAAAGAAGGAGGUUCCUGGGAUAUGGGGCGUAAGACGUUUAACAUGUCCCUUUCGGGUGGGGAUUUACCACUUGAGCAGCAGUGUAUGCUCUCCUACCAGAUGGAAGGGUACGGCGACUCCCACCGCAGCGCAAGUCUGCUCGAUAGCGAGACACGGGGGUUCUCCUCAAGUUUAUCUUUGAUGACACCGCUGCAGUCACCAAAGAGGAAAAAGUUCCUUUGCAUCAGCCCCCAUGUGAAUCUGGAGGGCAAGGGAGCGCCGGAAAAGGCAUCCAGCAAACAGAUGGGCGGAGAAACAGCACAUUCCUUCUCACCGCUGGAUUCACAUCUUCGAUACCAGCAAUUACCAGCAUCAACACCGGAACGGCAGUCAGAACAGCGCGUGGAAUUGGAGGCGGAAGAGGAGGAAGGGGGGCAACCUGUUCAUCUUCAGGUUCUUUACCUGAGCUGUGACACUGACAAGAGUUCACUCUAUUCCUUUCUCAAUGACAUGCCGCCCUCGUGGCUAUGCGUUUCGUCUCUCUUUGGACCCGUCUACAGAAAGAUGAUUGAGACAUGUUUGGAGCUCUUUAAUGUCUCUGUCUUCCCUCGUCUUGUUGUCACGGCGGUGAAGCGUGGGCACGAUGCCUCAGGGCCCGCCAAUGGGUCCGCCUUGCCAAAGCCACCGUCGACCCUCACAUUCCACGUCGCAGAUCCUCGAGGAGAGGAGGUGGUUUUACGCUAUAAUGGGGCAAAAAGGUUUCCGUGGAGAGAACAGCAGCCGGUUAGUUUGCCACAACUUCCGUUUCGCUGCCCUGUGGCGAAAGAAUUCACUUCGCUAACUGAAUCUUGCGAUGCAAUACGGUCGCUUCUUGCAGAGGGAGGGUGUCUAUUCCUGCUCUGUGGCACAGGGAAAGUUUCACCGGAACUUCACAAGCUUUGUGCCACUGCUCUACAGGAAGCAAGUCUCUGGUGGUCGCAAGAAAUGUGUCUUUUUGCUAGGCGAUUAGAACAUCGUUUGAUGCUAUCGUUGCGGGAAUCUUCGGCUCCUACAGACCAUUGCGCAUCUGAGCAGGGGCCUGGACCGCAUCACCUGACACUCCUCUCAGAUGCUUAUGCUUCUGUGACACCAGCCACCACCUCGGUGGAGUCUUUUGCGGUGGCAGCAACGGAUGAGCAGGUGCCUUAUUUGUCUGUAUAUUUUAUUGACGCCGUCGUGGAGGAGGCUGAGACACAUAAUAACCCUGCUGCAGACUCUCAGGACAAAACAGAUGGUGAUUGGAGUUGUAGCAACCGUGUAUCUGGGGAGGAAAAGACCUUACUGCAGGAAUAUUUUCUUUCUGCGACCCUGGAAGAUAAACAGUUGCUACCCCCAGUUGAAGGUGAGCCAUUUUUGCUUUGUGUGCAUUGGCCUGAGCGACGCGCUGCCGUGCUUCGUCAAAAAUUCGAAUAUGAAAACAGUUUAUUACAGGCGUCUGCAGUAUCCUUGCGUUCAUCCAGCAGUUCCGCCACCACGCCGUCACAACCGAAUGGCUGCUCCCCAUCAACGAAUGCGGCGUUUGUUGAGGGGCGGCCGCUGGGCACAGCUGCGUUGCCAGUAACCACCACUGAGCCUUGCUCGUGUCAUAGCUCCCUUUCUGCAACAUUGCGAGGGGAAUCUUCACCCGAGCAGUACCUAUCGAACCCGUUGUGCUCACUCUCACAAGUAAAGGCAUUUGUAGCCCAGCAUGCUUUUCACUGA